AAGAGACAGCGAGUGGGAGGCAAGCUUUGUGUGGAGAAACAGAAUGAACGGGCUGUUAUUUUAGGCUAGGGCAUUAAUUCACUUGUUUAAUAUUUCAUUCCAUACACAUGUGAAGUGGUAUUUCACGGGUUUGGUACUGAGAAAGGUUUACAUCUCUAUGGCAGCAUCGACAUAUCAAAUUAUCAUCACCUCCGCAAGGAAAUAACGGGCAGGGCUGCUGCUGCUGCUACUGGUAUAUUUAUUUAUUUUCCCUCAUGCGUCCUGCAACGUUGUGGGAAACGCGAUCGAGUCAGGCAGCGAUAUCUGAUUUAUGAUGGAUUAAUGGUCGUGUGAGCUGCAUAUGAAAGAAAGGCUUCCAAUGCUGAAUAUGUCCACUCCCAGUGACCUCAAGUCUCCCUGCGUGACGCGAAACGGCAUGGUCAAGCUGCCCCCCCAGCCCAAUGGCCUCGGUUCGGCCAGCAUCACUAAAGGUACUCCAGCUGCCAAGAAUCGCCUGUGCCAGUCGUCCUCCGUGCCCACCAUCUUGCCUCCCCCUAGCCUGCCCUAUCACCUGGAGCCCCUGCCCACAGCGGCGUCACUGCUGGGCCCCGACCUGGACACGAGCCCCGUGACUGCCAUCAAACCUCCCCUCUGGCAAUUUCCCAAGUCCCUGCUGGAAAGACAGCUGGUGCUGGAUGAGAAGGUGCUGAACCGGCUCUUAUGGUACUUCACCACGGCAGAAAAGUGCAUUCUAGCCCAGGUGUGCAAGACGUGGCGGAAAGUGCUCUACCAGCCCAAGUUCUGGGAAGGUGUGACGCCCAUUCUACAUGCCAAGGAACGCUACACUAUCCUGCCCAAUGGGGAGAAGGAGUUUGUAAGCCUGCAGGCUUUUGCUCUCAGAGGCUUCCAGUCCUUCUGUCUGGUGGGGGUCUCGGAUUUGGACAUUUGUGAGUUCAUCGACAACUAUCCGCUGUCGAAGAAGGGAGUCAAGUCUGUCAGUCUAAAGAGGUCGACUAUUACGGAUGCGGGACUUGAGGUGAUGCUGGAACAGAUGCAGGGUCUGAUGCACCUUGAACUCUCCGGCUGCAAUGAUUUCACAGAAGCCGGCCUGUGGUCCAGCCUGAAUGCGCGGCUUACCUCUCUCAGCGUCAGCGACUGCAUCAACGUGGCAGACGACGCCAUCGCCGCCAUUUCUCAGCUCCUUCCCAACCUAUCAGAGCUCAGCCUGCAGGCCUAUCACGUGACCGACACGGCCAUGGCCUACUUCACCGCCAAGCAAGGCUACACCACCCACACGCUGCGCCUGAACUCCUGCUGGGAGAUCACCAACCAUGGCGUAGUUAACAUGGUGCACAGCCUGCCAAACCUCACCUCCCUCAGCCUGUCAGGCUGCUCGAAGAUCACCGACGAUGGCGUGGAAUUGGUUGCAGAGAAUCUGAGGAAGCUCCGGAGUCUGGAUCUGUCCUGGUGCCCCCGUAUUACUGACAUGGCCCUUGAGUAUAUCGCCUGUGACCUACACAAGCUGGAGGAGCUGGUUCUGGACCGAUGUGUGCGGAUCACAGAUACAGGCCUGGGUUACUUAUCGACCAUGUCAACUCUGAGAAGUCUCUACCUGCGCUGGUGCUGUCAGGUGCAAGACUUUGGGUUACAGCAUCUAUAUGGAAUGAGGAGUCUCCGUCUUCUCUCUCUAGCAGGGUGCCCUCUGCUGACCACUACUGGCCUAUCAGGCCUGAUCCAACUGCAGGACCUAGAGGAGCUGGAACUGACCAACUGCCCGGGCGCCACAGCCGAACUCUUCAAAUACUACUCCCAGCAUCUGCCGCGCUGCAUGGUCAUCGAGUAGAGCAAAGAGUUUCAUGGGCACCAGCACCCACCACAUCACCAAAACCUCCUCCUACAGACUGAUGAUAAACCCAACUUCAUCCUGGACCCACAGGAAGAAUCAACGAGAGAAAUUGAGUGGAAGUUUUUUUCUGGAGGGGUGAAAAGGGAUCAUUGCCAUGGAAGACAAAAAAGGAAAUCGGAAAGAAAAGGUCGGAACGGGCCUGGACUGACGAGCGAGAGGGAAAAUGUACAAAGCGCAGUGGGUCAGAGGCUAGAUCUUUCAUUAAAUAACAUGACACAUAGGAAUCAGCUCCCACACAUACAUAAAACAUGUUCCUCCACUGAACUGUGAGACUAGCUUCCAUGUCUCAUCCAAAACUGUUUAUCUUGAAGUGACAAAGGUGUGCGCUGCCUGCUUGAGCUGUCUCUCAUAUCCAGGGAAAGGUAGAGAGGAACCGAAACAUUUAAGGGAAAGAACGGGGUUAAGGAGCCACUGCGACAGGGUCUCUUCGCUUUUGUCCAGCGCCAUCCAGGUUUCUCGCUCCCCUCAGUGGUGCUGCCGCUCCAUCUCUGUGUCUUAUCAAGGGAAAAAUCGAGAACUUUAGAGAUGAACAACUACGUAGAUUUUCACAUCAACGCUACUUGCUUUUUGUCAUGCAGUUCUCUUUUUGUCUUUUUUUUUUAAGUAUUAUUUUUGAUGAGAAGGAUUACUGUGAAACUUAUGGUAUGAGUUCGCGGUUUUGGACACUUUGAAUAAGAUGGAAAUUCAGGUACGGUGAAGGUACAGUAUUAAGAGGUACUGUCCUUUGAAAGGAACCAGCAUAAUCAGAAGUCAGGAGGUUAUUUUUCCCAGCAGAUUGCUCUUUUCAGAUUCAGAUUCAGAUAUUUUGAGUUGGGGACUGCUCAUACAUUUUAAUAUAGUUCAAAGGGACUGUGGUUUGUACAAAAGAUAGCUUGACUUUUUCAUCUGCCUGUUUUAUUUGAAUUCCAUUUUGAUGUCAAUUGAUAUUAGUGGCUUUUGUGCAGGUUUCCAUAUUAAUCCUGAUUCAAAUGAAGAUGAGAUCUCUGAGUGAUCCCAUAAUGCAGCUGGGCCACGUGACAUCCUUUCAUAGACUGAAACUGCACGUCAUUGCUUACUUGUCACCAGGCCAAACCAUUACAGCAGCGGACAACUUGGCAGUUCUACCAUAGUUUCUCUUUCAGCCCGAGUGCUUUUAAAUACAUCUGAUGAAUAUGGUUUACAGUGAUUUGCAUCAAAUGCAGAGGCAGGCCAGUGUAAUUAAAGUGAUCACAAGCAUCCCACACAAGCUUAUUACAGUAGUCUCUCUUCAUCUAGCAGUUUUGCUUUCCCAUUAAGCAAUACCCACAUGUCUGCUUUUAGAUUAGCAGGGCCUCUUUUUAUUUUCAGAGGUGCCGGGUUCUUCGCCCUCACAAUUGUGCUCAUCUGUGGUGCCUACCUCAUUUUAUCAUGGGGUAUGUAGAAUACAGGUCCGCAGGGGAAUUUGCAGAAACCAGCCAUUUGUUGUUUUCCAACCCACUCCAUACCCCAUACCGAACCCUGCAUUUGUCCUCUCAGGAGAUUAAAGUGCUGCUCAGAUCAUCUCAGAUGGGUUUGCUGU